AUGUUUUAUUUACGUUCAUUAAGGACGAGGAAGCCAAAAUCUUUGUUAACAUUGCCCUUUGUAACACUAAGCAAACACCAAACCCUCACUUUUGCUACCCCAAGUCCCCAAUAUGUAUCCUCACACUCUCAUCAAGGCGAGCUUAAUGAUAAAAACGUCAUUGUAUCCAACAAGCUCAUCACAAGCUACGUUCGAUGCGGUGACAUAGAUUCCGCUGUUCGUGUGUUUGACAGCAUGAAAGUGAAGUCCACUGUUACAUGGAACUCUAUCCUCGCUGCCUACACAAAGAAACUCGGCCACUUCGAACACGCUCGCCAGCUGUUUGAGAAAAUUCCCCAACCCAACAUUGUAUCGUAUAACAUCAUGUUGGCGUGUCAUUGGCACCAUUUUGGUGUCCAUGAUGCCCGUGGCUUCUUUGAAAUCAUGCCCGUGAAGGAUAUUGCUUCGUGGAACACCAUGAUUUCGGGUUAUGCGCAGGUUGGCCUCAUGGGCGAGGCUCUGAGGUUGUUCUCGGUGAUGCCGCAGAAAAACUGCGUGUCUUGGAGUGCCAUGGUGUCUGGAUAUGUGGCUUGUGGAGAUUUGGAUUCUGCUGUGGAGUGUUUUUAUGCUGCGCCUGUGAGGAGUGUGAUCACGUGGACUGCAAUGAUCACUGGGUACAUGAAGCUUGGGAGGGUUAAAUUGGCAGAAAGAUUGUUCGAGGAAAUGACAAUGAGGACAUUGGUAACAUGGAAUUCUAUGAUUGCUGGGUAUGUUGAGAAUGGGAGGGCAGAGGAUGGGUUAAGGCUAUUUAGGACAAUGUUAGAAACUGGAGUUAAGCCUAAUGCCUUGAGCUUGACUAGUGUCUUGUUGGGUUGUAGUAAUUUAUCAGCAUUGCAGCUGGGUAAGCAAGUUCAUCAAUUAGUUUGUAAGUCUCCAUUGAGCAGUGAUACAACGGCCGGGACUUCAUUGCUUAGCAUGUAUUCCAAGUGUGGGGAUCUAAAGGAUGCCUGGGAUUUAUUUGUUCGGAUUACUCGGAAGGAUUUAGUGUGCUGGAAUGCAAUGAUUUCUGGCUAUGCCCAACACGGGGCUGGUGAAAAAGCUCUUCAUUUGUUUGAUGAGAUGAAAAAUGAAGGCAUAAAGCCAGAUUGGAUUACUCUUGUUGGAGUAUUGUUAGCUUGUAACCACGCAGGAUUCGUGGAUCUUGGGGUUCAAUAUUUUAACACAAUGGUACGGGACUUUGGAAUUGAAACUAAACCAGAACACUAUGCAUGCAUGGUUGACCUUCUUGGUCGAGCUGGAAAGCUAGCUGAGGCUGUAGAUUUGAUAAAACGUAUGCCUUUUAGGCCCCAUCCGGCCAUUUAUGGAACACUUCUGGGUGCUUGUAGAAUCCAUAAAAACUUGCAUUUGGCUGAGUUUGCUGCCAAGAAUUUGCUUGAGCUUGAUCCAAGUAUUGCAACUGGAUAUGUUCAAUUGGCAAAUGUUUAUGCAGCACAAAAUAGAUGGGACCAUGUUGCUAGGAUCCGAAGAUCAAUGAAAGAAAAUAAUGUAGUGAAGACACCUGGCUAUAGUUGGAUUGAAAUAAACAGUGUGGUGCAUGAGUUUAGAUCAAGCGACAGAUUGCACCCUGAAUUGGCUUCGAUACAUGAAAAACUAAAUGACUUGGAGAAGAAAAUGAAAUUAGCUGGCUAUGUGCCAGAUCUUGAAUUUGCAUUGCAUGAUGUGGGAGAGGAGCUGAAAGAACAGCUUCUUUUAUGGCAUAGUGAGAAACUGGCAAUUGCAUUUGGACUUCUUAAGGUACCAUUAGGGGUUCCAAUCCGGGUAUUCAAAAACUUGAGAGUUUGUGGAGAUUGCCAUGCUGCAACCAAGUACAUCUCAGCUAUAGAAGGAAGAGAAAUCAUUGUUAGAGAUACCUCGAGGUUUCAUCAUUUUAAGGAUGGAUUCUGCUCCUGCAGGGAUUACUGCUUUGAGAAAGGAAGAACAACUUGUAUUAACGUCCAAAUUCGAAAGGCUACGUGGGUUGUGGUGGAGUUAAAGACUAGUGGUGUGGAAAUUGACCGUGAGAGGAAAGUUGCUCAAUGGAGUCGAGUAUUGUUAAAGUCGGGAUCCUCUCCAGGUCUCUCCUGCAAGAAUGAGUACACCUUAAAGGCUGAAAAUUUUCAGAACUUUGAUUCCGUUUCUUUUCGCGUCACAUCACAGCACUUGCAAUUGGAUGCUUGUUUUCACCACUGCGCUGAAGACCAGGGGGUGUGCUGGUCAAUAGCUAAUCUCCUUUCUUUUCUCAAAUCUCUUCGCACAACAACACUCAAGAUUAGGUGGCUAUGUAACUGA